UUUGUUAUUUAUUAUACGCAUAAAAUUCAAACUUAUAAACUAUAUAAUAUGUUAUAAUAUAUAAAUUAUGUCUUCGUACUUGUGUUUUAUAUGCCAUAGUACAGUUAAUGAUGAAACAAAUGAAGAAACACGGGAAAAGUAUAAAGAAGUCGUCGGUAUUAACCUGUGCCCCGACUCCCACCUCUGCUACAUCUGCUGUCACGUUCUGAACAAACUGUUCAUGUUUAGGUCUAUAUGUUUGAAGCGCAGUUUGGAGUAUCCAGUGUUGUUCAGCGAAAAAGGCACUAUAAAUCUGCACCGAAGCGACAUAGAAAUUAACAUAUUAUGCCCGGAAGAUUGCGAUCAGUAUCAAGUGAAACAGUAUCAAUACGAAUAUAAUAAUGAUUUUAAUGAAAAUCACUUUAACGAAAAUCAUUAUAUCGGUAUCAACAAUGAAUAUGACUUUAAUGAUAAACAAUAUGACGUCAACAAAACGGAGAAUGUUCCAGAUCAUUACAAUUAUACAAAUGAUAAUAACAUGUGUCUGAAUAAUGAUGAGAAAUUGCAUACGAACGUUAAGAUUAAUAACGAAUUUAGAUAUGAACAUUUCACGCACACAGACAAAGCUAAUAGCAAUAAUGAUUGUAAAAAUGAUAACGAUGAAAUUCACGAUAUGGAUUGUACUAAAUGCGAAAAUAAUGAAAUGAUAAAUAAUGUUGGUGCAAUAAAAAAUGAUGAUGUAACAGUCAAAGAUGAAGUUAAUAAUGAUUUAGUGACAGAACUUUAUGAAGACGAAAGUGAAGACAGACUUAUAAUUAAUACAGAUGAUGAUAAGUCGGAUAAUUAUGAUACGAAUGAUAUAAAUUAUCCUGAUGAUGAUGAUGAAAAAACAAAUGAUCGAAAUGCACCUACAAUAGAUGAAGCAAAUGAAACAAAUGCUGAGGUUAAUACGAAUGAACUCGAUACAGAAGAGAAUAUAAAUGAAUUAAGCAUAGAAGAUAAAAAAGUGAAGAAGAAAAAGUCGAAGAGGAAAGGCUUCAAGAAGAUCGUGCGGAGUCUAGAGGAGCAGAGAGCAGAGUUGGAGAGAAAUCGAAAGAGUAGGAAGUACAUAGAGGCGGAGUUUAAGUGCUACAAUUGUGCCUUAGGAUUUCUAUUUAAGGAUACCUAUCAAGCGCAUAUGAUGAGGCACGAAGAGUCAAACGGCGAGUAUCGUUGCGACACGUGCACGCUGCGCUUCGCGACGCACGCACUCCUGCGCACGCACGUCGCCUCGCAUACGGACCUCUACAGGUGUCAAAUAUGCGGGGCCACAAUGGGCCCCAGGGCCAAGCGGGGCCACGGCUGCGUGCAAACUAAGGCCGCUGAGAGUGUGGCUUGUCCGCAGUGUGGGAAUCUGUUUAGAGACGCGAACGGUCUGCAGCAGCACAUAAGGAGAGUGCAUACGAAGGUAUCGAACCGCCUGCACUCCUGUACCGUUUGCAAUGAGCAUUUCACCAACCAGUCAGUGCUGAGGACGCAUAUGAUCAAGCACAUAAAGCGAAAGUUCCAAUGCGACCAGUGCCCCAGAAUAUACAGCAGCCCCUACACGCUGACGCAACACAAGAAGUCGCACGAAAUAAACACAGAACGCUACUGCUGUACCCGUUGCGAUGCGGUUUUCACUACGAGGAAGAGCCUGCUCGCGCAUAAUAGGAACAGUCUCGCGCAUCAGACUACGGUUUUCGAGUGUCCGCUGUGCGCGCGCGCGUGCGCGUCGCGGGCGGCGCUGGCGGCGCACGCGCGCGCGCACGCGCAGGCGCCGCUGGCGUGCGCGCGCUGCGGCGGCGCGUUCGCGUCGCGGCGGUCGCUCGCGCGCCACGCGCGGGCGCACGCGGGCGACGUGCGCGUGCGCACCGCCGUCUGCCACCUGUGCGGGAAUAGCUUUAAGGGUACAAAUAAACUGAACAGGCAUCUCAGAGAGAACUGUGAGAAAGCGAAACUAGAAGAGCAUCUCGCUUCGUUGUAUUAAUAAAUCAUCUGUGA